UUUUCUACAUGACAGUCAACAUCUAAAUCUGUGUGGAGAUCAGACGUGGUGUGGUGGACCUUUGUGCGACGCUGUGGCCUCACAUCAUUCCAAACCCUGGCUUUUUGGCAAGAUCUACUCUCUACAUCAGGAUCUAUAUAUCAUCUUAACAUUGAAAAUCAUGGGCUGGAUUUAUCAUAUAAUCGGGCUGCUCUGUGUGUGUCACUGCUGGGGCUCGCUGAGCUCCUCUGAACAGCCACCACUGUUUGGGGAGGUGCAGACCCCCCGGUACCCGCAGCCCUACCCAGCCUCCAACUAUGAGGAGUGGGAGUUAUCUGUGCCGGCAGGCUACAGGAUGCAGCUUACCUUCAUCUACAUGGACAUGGAGCCAUCAGUCAACUGCUUUUAUGACUCCGUCACGGUUAUGUAUGACAACAAGGUGCUGGGAAAAUUCUGCGGUCAGGAGAAUUCUGCUGAUGGUCAUCACCCUGGCAACAAGCCCAUCCUAUCUCCUGGCAAUCAUCUUCGCCUCAUCUUCCAGAGUGAUGACUCCAAUCCUGGGUCACAGAAUUAUGUUGGAUUCUCUGCAUUUUAUCAGGCUAUUGAUAUGGAUGAGUGCUCCCAACCAGAGCCCGAGGAUGGGUCCGGGCCCCUAUGCUCCCAGAUAUGCCACAAUACUCUGGGGUCAUACUUGUGCUCUUGUCGCCAUGGUUUUGAGCUCAGGCCAGACCAGCGUACUUGUGUCCUGCAGUGUGAGGGGGGUGUUUACCGUGAGAUGGAGGGCGUCCUGUCCAGUCCAGGCUACCCCCUGGCCUCCCCUCAUGGGCUGGCUUGCCGGUAUCACAUCUCAGUAGAGCCAGGGUUCAUAAUCACCCUAAACUUUUCUGAACUCUUUCAUAUCGAACAUGUGCAGGACCAUGAGCCAAGCUGCCUCUACCACUGGCUCCAGGUAUCCAUUCCAGGGAAAGCCCCCCAGAAAUUGUGUGGACGGCAGAGUCCAGGGAUGAUACUGACCAACUCGAGUUCUGUGGUGCUGGAGUACCACACCGACUGGGAAGGCCUGAGUUACGGCUGGAGGCUGAGCUACAGCACAAAGAGGGUGCAGUGUGAGUCCCCACACUCAGUCGCUCAGGGUAUAGUUACUCCCACCUUCCCAGAGUAUCUCUACAGGGACUACAUCCAAGUGCGCUGUGAUACAGGCUACAAACUCAUGAUGGGGGACAGAGAAAUGUCAGGGUACUUCUCCAUGUGUCAGAGUGAUGGGACAUGGCUCCGCUCCCUCCCCGAGUGCCGCAUAAUAGACUGUGGCAACCCUACACCUUUACGGAAUGGAGGUCUGAACUUCCUCUCCGGCUCACAGAACCAGUACCUCUCUGUCAUUCAGUAUCACUGCAAUGAGCCAUACUACUCCCUGGCAGUGGAGAACAAUGUAAACUACACCUGUGCAGCGGACCGGAAAUGGAAAGACAGUAAAAACAAUUACAUCAUUCCUACAUGUUUACCAGUAUGUGGCCGGCCCACCUUCCGCAGCCAUCAGAAAGUGCUGGGUGGGGCAGAUGCAGCCCUGGGGCAAUUUCCCUGGCAGGUACUCCUGGAAGUGCUGGGAGGGCAUGGUGGAGCUGCCGUGAUCGGCGAGCACUGGAUUCUGACAGCGGCUCACAACCUCUUCCCAUCCCUCAGGACGACGCUGCACCCGCUAAAGGCCUUUAAGGUUUAUGCAGGGCACAAUGAUAUGGAUGAACUGUACAUGCGUCCUGAUCUUCCCAUAGCCUCCAUACAUCCCCACCCUCAGUACCACAAUCCAAGUGCCAAGGACUAUGACAAUGACAUCGCCCUCAUCAAGCUGAAGGAGGCAAUCACAUUCAAUGCCACACUUAUGCCAUUGUGUUUGCCACCCAAGGAUGCGAAAUACAUCCCAAGAUCAUUAGGGAUGGUCUCGGGAUUUGGCAUCACAGAGAACAACAUGGUCUCCAAGAAACUAAAGUACAUUCCCACAGUCCUGGUGGAAGAAGUCACAUGCAAACGCUUCAUUGACAAUGAAAAAAUUAAAUUUAGCAGCAUUCCAAGCUUGACUGACAAUAUGUUCUGUGCCGGAGGAGAGAGGACGGGCCAGGAUUCCUGUGAAGGAGACAGCGGAGGUGCCCUGACCCUGCAAAUACCGCAUGGACCACACUGGGCAGCUGGGAUUGUUAGCUGGGGAGUUGGUUGUGGAAUGAAGGGGACUUACGGUGUUUACACUCGUGUUGACAAAUACGUUGACUGGAUAAAGAAAACAAUGGAGGAAAAUUAAUUGAGACAAGAAAAAGUAUUGACGGAUGACAGAUCACCAAUAAAGCACCAAUAAAGAGAUGGGUCCGGUGCUGAUGUAGUGUUAUCCUGCUCUCUGGUCGAGGAGGGAAUGGGAGCAGGAGGGUUUGGGGGUCUCUUUUCCCGCACACCAGCAACAUUAGUCCUGAGAGAACUGCCUGU